GAUGCAGCUCAUCAGAGAGCUCCCACCCCCGAAAAGGAAGAGGUGAAGCUGUCCCAAAGAGCUCAAGUGUCGAGUAUUGGCUUGGGUUAGCGAACAAUGGAGAGCAAAGAUUGGAGAUUUACCUGUUGAUCUGGGAACUACCCGGCUUUAGCUGUCAAGGCACAGACUAGGACCGUUUCGUAGAUUGCUCAUGGGUAGCUCAUGCUGGAGAGACAAACUUCGAAUCAUCUGGGAGCCCUCAUUUGUUCGGUCGGUUUGAAAGCCGGAAUCCGAGUUCUGUUGCGGGUGUUCACUUCCUGUAUGUUGUAUCAAUUGGCCAGAUGUCAACGAGGACUUUUUCCUCUGCGUCUCCCCAGCUUGAUACUUCACCACUUCUUCCCUUCUUGACCCCUAUUCAGCGUUUCGACUCUGCGGCGUGGAAGUCACGUCAUGGAGAAAAGGAACGGAAUUAUGGCGCUUCGGUCAACCAAUUGGCCUUGCAUCCCUGUAUGCUGCUGCAUCUUGGUAGCAGUGCGCCAUGGCUCUCCUCGCACAGUCGUUGCACGACUCGCGCACUGAAAAUUAUACUGUAUGACAGCGUCCCCCGUCCGGCGGUUCACAGGGAUGGCGUGGACAAUAGAAAUGCCGGCCCAGUGGAAGAGGCGUGGAUGGUGAGCGUCAGUGUAGACGCAAUACAGUUUGGCGUUGGCCGUCGAUCGCGUACCGAAAUGCGGGGAAGUGUUGGGGGGCUUGGGGCGUGGAGACGAGAACUCCAGAACUCCUCCUCCGUGUCUCGGGUUCGAGGUGAUGCAGGAUUGCACAUGGCUGGCCCUCUGCGGUACAGCGUACACUAUGCAGAGAGGUACAGAUCAUCAUGAUGAACAGUCUGGACCGAGAGCUGGAUAUUGAUGGUGGUGAAGAUGUUUGGAGAGUGAAAGUUGGCGAGGAAGAAAAACUUUAAAGUUUCCACAAGUUCUCUUCAAGCGAGAACUGCACGUGAUGCUCCUCUAUUUGUAUUUCAUGCCAGCCAAAAAAGCAAUACGAGCAG